CCAUGUACGCAAACGCCCUAACAUUCCCCUUGGCAGUAGCCAUUUUCCUAGUAGGACUGGCCAUACUACCUGGUAUGCUAGCAGAUGAUGGAAUGGAUAUAACGAAUGAUGAACAGCCUAUUGAUGCCCUUGAUGCCAGAAAUCAACAAAUUGAUCUACAAUAUCUUCUCUCAAACUACCUUGCCAACCGCGACACCAGAUCAUGGAGCCCCCUUAGAAAUACAAACCGAUGCAUUGGUGAGAAGUGCCGAUAUGCCUGGAAGCGAGGAUUCGAGACCCCCGUCGGAUCAAGCAGGAUAAACUCCCGAGGAGCCCCGGCAUGGGCCACGUCCCAGUUCAGCAACAGCGGCUGCAGCGGAUCCUCCUGUUUAACUGGUUGGAAGCGAGGAUUUAGAGUUCUCCCGCAAUUGGAAGAUGAUGACAAUUAGACAAAUCAAAAAAGAAAUCAUGAACUCUUGAAUUCAUAUUCCACUAUUUUGAUCUCCUGUAGAAUCUUUGCACGCUGUAGAGAACGUUAUUUUCUUUGGGUUUUCCACUUUAGUUCUUUGUUACCAUGUUAUCAUUUUGAUCGUUUUCUAAUUCCCACGUAUUGCACUGAUCUGUAAAUAUAUGACUUAAAAUGAUUAAAGUGCAAAUGUGCAAUAGAUCUCCUUGUAUCACCUUAUUCAUGCGAUUUGUCAUUCCUAUUGUUUUACAAAAGUGUUUUUCCACUUUCUUCCACGAUACUAUAUUUCUUCGGCCGUUGUCCCAAGUAGUAUCGACUUAAAUGUAAGAAUUCUACUUAAUUGCUUGUUCACGUUCAUGUACACAUAUUUGCCAGAGUGAAAAAAAAAACAUGUUCACCAAAUGUGUUCUGUCUGUCACCUAUAGCACUUUCAUCUUUUUUUUCUUGACAACCUGACAUCGGUCUGCAAGAACUAAUUACGACAAAUAUUCUAAAAAUUUCAAACAUACCAUGAUGACGUGAUUACGAUAACUGUUCUUGGUUCAUAACUAUAUGCAUUCCCAGGCUCUCUCUUAUAUAACCUUUAAUUGUAGGUUUGUUUCAAGAACGCACCACUGUCGCGGAACCAUUAAGUAGCUGAAACAAAAUGAUCAUUUUGAUAUACUACAAACUUUUUGAAAGAGUGAAAUGUUGAUACACUCAUCUGUACCCGGGAAGCUUCCUUAUACAGGGCCGGUAUGGUUAAUUUCUGAUUUUAUUUCGAUAGUGUACAUGGUGUAUGUAAGGUCAAACAUCUUACCCAUUAAACGUGUAGGACAACUCUGCUCGUUUGCCCCUUUGUUCCAGAAAAUUGCGGUUGAAGUCUCGACCAAACAAGUCAAAUUCCAAGUGUAAAUAGACGUAGCAGUGUAGCCCUUUUGUAUUGCUCAAGUAGCAUGUAUCAUGUAUAUUACGCCAUCUGAAGCUGGUGGAUAUUAUUCUUUAACGAACUUCGAUCAAAUCGAGUGUUUUCUGUCAGAGGUCAUGUUCAUGUACACCUAACAUGCCGAAUGUAAAUCAAAGGUGGGAUACGGAAUGCACCAGGAUAUGCCAAAGCGUCCAGGAACGCCAAACGUGAAUAAGUGUUCAUUGUAAAUGAAAAAUCGGGGAGCCAUGUGUUUCUUUAACUUGAAUUUGUAUUUCCAUCCUACUUAUCUUCUGUAUUCUCCUUUAUCACCCCUUUUCUACUUAUUAAAAGAGACCAAACAGCUCCUUCCGAUUUUCUCUAUUGGGUGCUAAGCGCCGUCCCUGUUCAUCUUCAUAAUGAUAUAGUUAUACUUUCAAUUUCAAGGACUCAAAAUAAAUCCAGAUCAGCUGUGAAUAGUGACCGGCCGAAUAUUGGAAUCGUUUUAAUCCUACGGAUUAACUUUUAAAUCUCAAAAGAUCUAAAUUAAAGAUAUGUCAGACCUCUUAGCAGAAGCUAUAUAUUUAUAUCCUCAAGGUUGGAAUCUAUAUGUAAUAUUCGGUUGGUCAAUAAUCUCAGCCAGUCUGGAUUUAUUUCAAAUCCUUGGAAAUUAAAGUGUACCAUGUUUUAAAAUGGUGCGAGGAAAAAUAGAAUCUUUACACUUCUUUUUACGCAGCUAGCAUUUAUAUUAAGUGGCAUAAUCGAAAGCUGUUCAGUUAGUGGAUACAUCCAAUCACGUGAUUCGCACGAGUUUAUUCACUGUUCUUGACAGAAUAUCGUGGAAUGUAGCAAUAUCAGCUAGUUAUUUUCAUUUCCAGGACAUUGACCUAAGAAUCAUUGCUAAUGAAACAAUAGAAUGUGAAAAUUUUGCAUUAUAUUUCAGGACAUGAUUAACAAAUCAACUUCUAUCGUAAAACAUCGCGAUCAUAGCGAUGUAUUCUCUAGGAAAACAAUAUCUCUCGAAAGUAUUGGUGUUCUCUUUUCGCUUAUUUAUGGGUUGCAAUAUGUGGUUAAUAUGAAAAUAUGUAAAUCAUUGUGAUUCAGAUGAGAAAUUGUCGAUCAGAACUAAAUUAUUCUGGAUUUAUGUGUCUUGUAUAGUGUUUCACAAGCAUUAAUAAACGUUAGAUUUUCGUCAA